CUGCCGCUCGUUGUUGGUAUUGUUGGCGCGUUGACUGCGACUCCACAGUGCAACGCAACGCUCCUUCGGUUCGCUUUUUUGGCUGUUGGUCUUUUAUCAAAAUAUCAACAGAGGAACAGAUUAUGAUGGGACCAUUAUGUGUUUAGAAUUCGACGUGAAAACAUCGUGAUAUCUUUUUUAUUCCUCGUCGACCCAGCGUCGUUCCGACGCAUGAUACUGCCUUUAUUUUGUUUGCCGCAGUUGCUGCAGCUCGCUUGAUAAGAGCCUGGCCAGGUGAUGAUGAGAUUCAGCAGUUUAGCAGUUUAAUCGCGGUCGGGAAUAUGUUUACGAUUGGAGCGAAUUAAAAUGAUUUGAUCGCGAAGGCACUUUUUCAGUGGUGAAAGUAAGUGUUUGACAAAAAAUGUCACACCCGUAACCGGCACCCAAUUUAGCGUUCUCAUGCAACGGAAUUGCAGAGCUGAUAAGUGCGCGGGCAAUUGUGUCCAGUUUCGUUGCGUUGAUAAGUUGCUGAUAUUGCAGAGAUAACUGAAAAUUGAUUGCGUCCAAACGAAAGUAAAAAGUGCGAAACAUCUAAAGUGAUACAAUCGUUCCAGAAGUGACAUAAUAUCGGGCCGAUAAUUGGAAAACAAAAAAAAAAGAUAAUAAAAAGAUAAGUGACAGUGAAGUGACCUCAUUCAAGAUUUCUACACUCGGAAACGGAAACGUAUAAUUCCCACUCGGCCAAGAUGGACAUGACAAUUGCAUCGAAGAAUCACAACAGCAGCCCCAGCGGCAGCAGUGUCCCGAACGGCUGCAACAACAAUCCCGGCGAACACAUCAAACGGCCCAUGAAUGCGUUCAUGGUUUGGUCCCGGGGGCAGCGCCGGAAGAUGGCCCAGGACAACCCCAAGAUGCACAAUUCGGAGAUCUCGAAAAAUCUUGGUGCCCAGUGGAAGUUGCUGACCGAGGGCGAGAAGCGGCCGUUUAUCGACGAGGCAAAGCGAUUGAGAGCACUUCACAUGAAGGAACACCCGGACUACAAAUAUCGCCCCCGAAGGAAGCCCAAAACGUUGGUAAAAUCUCCAACGCAAACAAACGCUGCGAGAGGCUCAUCACCUGCGUCCUCCAAAGAGUCCCUUCGUUCACAGUCGCCCCAAAGCAAAUCACCGUACAAUCCUUCCCCACUGACCGCGCCGAUCGGAAUCCCACCCGGCAUCUUCCCUUCCUAUCACUUUGCGUACGAUCUUCAUCAGAAAGCCUUCUGGAACCUCUACGCACCCCACCUGCUCUCCUCAAUGGUUCCAUCCUACAGUGUCCCCUCACAUUCCCCCCAUCCCCUAGCCUACAUCAAACCAUCCAAAUCGUCACCGCCUUCCCCGAUCGCACCGCCCUCUCCGAUACCUUCGAGCAACGUCAUCUGACCAACACCGCUGCGCUACAGUGCUGAACAUAGCGUCUAAGAUCAGCCCUACGCAAAACGCCACGAAGCAUCACCCCGAAAUGUGUCCGAUCUCCGGUUGCAAAACUUGCGCCGACACUAUUUUAAAUAGAUCAGUUCUCUCGUUAUCCCCCAAACCGGAAUAUAGAAACAAAAACAAGGUAGUAAAAAACCGAAACUCUAAUCAGUCAGUGUGAACUUAGGGCUUUGUUUACGGAAACGAGACGAACGAUAAGAUUGUAUAUUUUUGUGAUAAGCUCGGGCAGCAGAAGGGAUGAAAACAACAGUAAAAAUUUCAUCAUAUCAUAUCAACAUCCAUCGCGUGGAAAAAGAGACCGAGUUCCACCAAUAAACCCAAACAUGAGGUUAAUUUAAAGCAGCAAUUAGUUGUAUAUCUAGGAAGUAUCGAACCGUGGAAAACGCUCAAAUUUGUUCAUUGAUUUUACAAUGAUUCAGUUCAUCGCCAGCUUCGAAAGUUCAAAAUUGUUAUUGAGAUAAAAACACUUAGUUAAAUUUAGUUUUUAUGCGAAUGCGUUGAUGGUGUGACAUAUUUCGAGAACCUUCUCGGAGAGCAAUCGAGUUUCAGUUGAAGAAAAAAGGAGGCAACUACCAGUGCUUAUAUGUUUAUUUUAAGGGAGUGCAAUAGACGAGUUUUCGGUACUAAAAUAAAUUAGCUGAUUAUACUGAGAGCAAAAAAAAACACACAAAAAUAACGAUAGAUGGUGUAAAUAGUUUAUAAUCAAGACAGAUCCUGCUAGAAGGAGGUAUCAAAUAAAUCCGUUAUAAAUCUUUAUAGUUGUUUAAAAAGUGAACCAGUGCCACGUCAGGCACUAUCUGCCGAUAAUGUUUUAUCUGGCGGGAAAAUACUGCAUAUGAUUACGUACAUACAUUAUCUAAACUAUAAAAUAUAUGUAACUGUGAGCGCUCAGUGGAUUGGA